AUGAGCACGCAGCAUCCCGGCUUCUACUAUUACAUGGCUGCGCGUUGCACGGAGCGCAGACGUGAGCGCUUUCUAGCCGCUUUAGAUGCCGAAGCGAAGCAGCAUUUGACAAUGACCGCUCCUGGGUUCUCGAAUGAGAAGAAGGUGGAGCAUCAUGCGAUUAUCUUGGAGCUGUAUACGAGAGCCUAUGAGCUCUUCAAGGCAUACAGCCCCGCGACCAUCCAAGGCCAGGGACGGUUGACACCCUGGAUUACAUAUCGGAUCGCACACACAUACUGCGGGUCGGGCAAGUUCGACAUGGCUGCAUUCUUCGAGCGGAUUGCGAAAACGUAUAGACGGGAACAAUGGGAUUCUCUGUUGCAGCCAUUGCUGUCAACGUGGUAUUCUUGCGCGCGGAAGAUGGGUGACGUGGAACUGAGUGUGCGAUUGCUGAUUGAGAUGUUGGGACAUGAUAUCAGGACGCAAUCGGAUGACCCUGAUUCCACUCAAGAGGACAUGCUGGUCGUGCUGAAGAGCAGCGUGCCUUCUACAACGGAGGAGACCUUGGUCGUAGACUCUUCCGAUUCACAGCCAAUAUUGAACUCCUCGAUUAUCUUCUGGCAACCAGGUGCAAUAGUGGGCGAGGCAGCUGCAUUCCAGAUAUCGCUCAUGGCGAGAGAGAACGUGUCUUUGUUCGCAUUGCCGUUCUCAUCAGUGACGAUACAGUUUUCUGCGGAUAUCCCUCCCAUCGUCGUUGAACAGAUAUCUGGGGCCAAAGAGUCGCCGAUGAAGAUCAGUCCAAAGCCUCGCAAGACGCCCCACUGCAAAACGUGUCAGCGGCCGCGCGCUGGCCACCCGCGCUCAGGGUGUCCCUAUGCCGACACUCUCGCUCCUGCACUAGACUCUUCGACCUGUGGGAGGCUAGAAUCGACAGAGUCGCUCGAGACAGUACUCCCCACAGAUUCCUCUAUUGAUGAAAGUCGCGGACGACCACGGUCAGGGAAGCCUGAUUUCAUCUUCCAGGCAGAUGUCCUAGCUGCGAGCACCUCCAAACCCACAGCUAUAGUGGUAUCUGCCGCAGAGAAGUCUGUAGUGCCACACAGCGUCACAACGGACUCCAACAGUCCACCUGCGAGACCCUCCACUCCCAAGUCUGAUCGCCCACCUUACACCGCCAAAACGUGCUCUCUGGGUCGCACGCUCAGCCAAGACAAGCAACGCAUGUUUUUCGAACGGGCAAGGUUGACUUCAGAGGGAUCUGUGGUCAUCUUGAAGCACCCAACGGACGGUGUCUCCGAUCUUCUCGCCAGAGCGAAGACGGUUGGACUCGCUGCCGAGGUGAUUGGCUCACUGGGUGAAGAUAGUCGAUUGGUGGCAUUUGGGAGAGAUGAGGAACUAGUGAGCAAAGUCGGGCACAUUGGAAGUUCGGAGAAGGAGGCUGCUGUCGACAAAGUGAAGAAGGGGUGCUACCGAGCAUUGGUUCUUGGCGGGUUAGGUGCAGUGGUCGGUGCUGUGGCUACCUGGACGGCGCUUGCCUUCUCGUGA